GGGGUGGUCAGGUGCUGCGGAGGGCUAGUGAAGUUACCUUGUCUUUUCCAAAAGCAUCAGUAGAACCGGCGGCGGAGCGGCAAGAUGAAUUUCCUCCGUGGGGUAAUGGGGGGUCAGAGUGCCGGACCCCAGCACACAGAAGCCGAGACGAUUCAAAAGCUUUGUGACAGAGUAGCAUCAUCUACUUUACUAGAUGAUCGAAGAAAUGCUGUGCGUGCUCUCAAAUCUUUGUCUAAGAAAUAUCGUUUGGAAGUGGGUAUUCAAGCUAUGGAGCAUCUUAUUCAUGUUUUACAAACAGAUCGUUCGGAUUCUGAAAUAAUAGGUUAUGCUUUGGACACACUGUAUAAUAUAAUAUCUAAUGAUGAAGAAGAGGAAGUAGAUGAUGUUGAAGAAGAAAAUUCCACAAGACCAAGUGAAGAUUUGGGAAGCCAGUUUACAGAAAUUUUCAUUAAGCAGCCGGAAAAUAUCACUCUCCUUUUGUCUUUGUUGGAGGAGUUUGAUUUCCAUGUCCGCUGGCCUGGUGUGAAACUUCUUACUUCUCUUUUGAAACAUCUAGGGCCUCAGGUGCAGCAAAUUAUUUUAGUCAGUCCAAUGGGUGUUUCAAGACUAAUGGACUUACUAGCAGACUCCAGGGAAGUUAUACGUAAUGAUGGUGUCUUGCUACUACAGGCACUAACAAGAAGCAAUGGAGCAAUUCAGAAAAUUGUUGCUUUUGAAAAUGCUUUUGAGAGAUUAUUGGACAUUAUUACAGAGGAAGGGAACAGUGAUGGAGGUAUAGUAGUAGAAGAUUGUCUGCUCUUGCUUCAAAAUUUGUUAAAAAACAACAAUUCCAAUCAGAAUUUUUUUAAAGAAGGCUCAUACAUUCAACGUAUGAAACCUUGGUUUGAAGUUGGAGAUGAAAAUUCUGGCUGGUCUGCACAGAAAGUUACAAAUCUGCACCUAAUGUUACAGCUUGUCCGUGUACUGGUAUCUCCCACCAACCCUCCAGGUGCUACCAGUAGCUGCCAGAAGGCUAUGUUCCAGUGUGGCUUAUUACAGCAACUUUGUACUAUCCUGAUGGCUACUGGAGUUCCAGCUGACAUUCUCACUGAGACCAUCAACACUGUAUCAGAAGUUAUCAGAGGAUGCCAAGUAAACCAAGACUACUUUGCUUCUGUAAAUGCUCCCUCAAAUCCACCAAGACCAGCCAUUGUAGUACUACUCAUGUCCAUGGUUAAUGAAAGGCAGCCAUUUGUUUUGCGCUGUGCUGUUCUCUAUUGUUUCCAGUGUUUCUUAUAUAAAAAUCAAAAAGGACAAGGAGAAAUUGUGUCAACAUUGCUACCUUCCACCAUUGAUGCAACAGGUAAUUCCGUCUCAGCUGGUCAGUUACUAUGUGGAGGUUUGUUUUCUACUGAUUCACUUUCAAACUGGUGUGCUGCUGUGGCCCUUGCUCAUGCUUUACAAGAAAACGCUACCCAGAAGGAACAGCUACUCAGGGUUCAACUUGCAACAAGUAUUGGCAAUCCUCCAGUUUCUUUAUUGCAACAGUGCACCAACAUCCUUUCACAGGGUGAUAAGAUCAACAGACGGGGAAGCAAAAUACAGACAAGAGUUGGAUUAUUAAUGUUGCUUUGUACCUGGUUGAGCAACUGUCCCAUUGCAGUAACACAUUUUCUUCACAAUUCAGCCAAUGUUCCAUUUCUUACAGGACAAAUUGCAGAAAAUCUUGGUGAAGAAGAGCAAUUGGUUCAAGGCUUAUGUGCCCUUCUGUUGGGCAUUACUAUUUAUUUCAAUGAUAACUCACUUGAGAGCUACAUGAAAGAGAAACUAAAGCAACUGAUAGAGAAAAGAAUUGGCAAAGAAAAUUUCAUAGAGAAACUGGGAUUUAUUAGCAAGCAUGACUUGUAUUCCAGAGCUUCUCAGAAACCUCAGCCAAACUUCCUCAGUCCAGAAUGCAUGAUAUUUGAUCAUGAAUUUACAAAGUUGGUAAAAGAACUUGAAGGUGUGAUAACUAAAGCUAUUUAUAAGUCCCGUGAAGAAGAUAAAGAAGAAGAAGAAGUGAAGAAAACAUUAGAACAACAUGACAGCAUUGUGACUCACUACAAAAAUAUGAUACGAGAGCAAGAUCUUCAACUUGAGGAAUUAAAGCAGCAAAUUUCUACAUUAAAAUGUCAAAAUGAACAGCUCCAAACAGCAGUCACACAACAAGCAUCUCAGAUCCAGCAACACAAGGAUCAGUAUAAUCUUCUUAAAAUACAACUGGGAAAAGAGACUCAGCAUCAAGGUUCUCACAAUGAUGGGGCUCAGAUGAAUGGCAUUCAGCCAGAGGAAAUCAGUAGGUUACGAGAAGAGGUAGAGGAAUUAAAAAGUAACCAGGAACUUUUACAAAGCCAACUAGCUGAAAAAGACUCUUUAAUUGAAAGUUUGAAAUCUUUAGAAACAUCAAGUGGCAUGAAUGAACAGUCUUCAGAAGCAGCUUCUAUUAGAGACUCUGAACAAAUUGCAGAACUAAAACAGGAACUGGAAACAUUAAAGUCUCAGUUAAACACACAAUCUAUGGAGAUCAACAACUUACAAAUAGAAAAGCAAGAGCUAUUACAGAAAGCAGAAGCAUUUGCACAAUCAGUUCCUGUACCAGGAGACAGUGAAAAAAUAGCCGCAAAAACUACUGAUGUAGAAGGAAGACUGUCAGCAUUAUUAGAAGAGAAUAAGGAAUUAAAGAAUGAAAUUAAAUCUCUGUCUGAGGAGAAAACUGCUAUUAAAGAGCAGCUGGAUUCAUCUAACAGCACCAUUGCCAUUUUACAAAAUGAGAAGAAUAGCCUAGAGUUGCAUAUUAAAGAUUCUAAAAAAGAACAAGAUGAUCUCUUGGUGCUGCUGGCUGAUCAAGAUCAAAAAAUAAUUGCCAUAAAGAAAAAACUAAAGGAAGCUGGUCAUCCAGAUGAAGAAGAAGAUGAACUUAUUAUACCUGUAGGCCAAGAUGAUGAGUUUGAUGAAGAUGAAGAUGAUGACAAGAAUGAUAUUGAGGGUGAUAUCCAGCUUUAAAGCCUCAAGGAAUGAUAAUUAAAUUUGUAACUUUGAAGAUGGAGUCUUAAGACAGUGCUUUGGUUUGCCGCCUCAGAAAAUAAAGAUUUAGAAACCAAGUGGAAAGCAUUCUCUAAUAAGGCUAUUAAUGUAUUUUUAAAUUAUGCCACCCAUGUUGAAAAUCCUUUUACUUUAUGCAGAAUACUUGUCUUUUAUUUAAAUUCAUCUGAACUGUCCCAUAAUAUAAUUUGAAAAGAACUUGACACACCAAAAAUAGACCAUUUUAAGGCAUGCGGUGGCAAUGCUGUUGGCCUUAGUUCAUUGGUUGUUUACAUUAGGUCUGUAUUUAUCUAUUAUGUUCACUUUUCAGACUAUGUGACUAAGCACUAACACAUUUGAUUUAUGUGUAUUGGAAUCACUGUUUCUGAAUUUAUUAUUGAAGUUUUAGUUAAUUAUUUUCUUUUAAAGAAAUAGAUUUUCAUCAAGGCACAGUGGCAUGGACUUGGGAGAUAAUGUAUAAUAUAGCCCUCUAUCUAAUGUGGCUCCUUAUAUGUAAGCAGGAUAGGACAAAUUAGAAAGAGUGGCUUGGCACCUGAUAGAACUGCAUUCCGACCUCAGUGAAGAAACAGAAGGAUGUUGAUACGGUGAUGUGGAGGGUGUUCCUGAGAAACUUUGGCAAUUGAGGCUAGUUUUAUUUUAAGCUAGACAUCUAAAACAAAUCAUAUGUUUAAUAGUUUAUACAACUCAAACUUAUUAUUGUUGUUUGAUUAUCAUAAAACAUUAUGUUUUUAGUUUUAAGAAGGCCCAAAGUAUGAUUUAUAUAAUUUAUUGGCAUUUUUGCUGAAUAGGUUUAUGUCAGAUAAUAGAUUUUUAAAAAGCAAAUGAAGCAAUGUGUCAAAAUUUAAUGUUUUCAUAAUAAAAAUAGAUAUUAUGUUCACUUAA